AUGGCUAUUGACACCGCCCCUUACCAAGACACCACGUAUUCUGAGCUCGAAACCGGCCGUUCGUCUUUCUCUUCGAUGCAUCACCCGUGUUCCAUUGAAGGCAACAUAACCAGCUUCUCAUCCACGGGUUCGCACCCAUCGAACCGAUUCACCAUCUUCGAAGACCCCGACGACGUCAUGAGAUUUGCUACCUCGCAUAUUGAAUUUAGUCAUACCUGGCCUUCAUAUGCUUCCUGCGUGGAUGAUAACAAGGAGAAUUAUGAAGGAGACGAAGACGCUGAUGACGAAGCCGAGAACCCCAAUGCAGGCAGCACUCCUUACGCUAGCAACCUUCCUCAUGCGAGAGGACAUUCCAUUGACCGGGCAACUUCCAUAUUUCCAAACUCAAGUUCGGCCAUGGAACCUGUACGGAGCAUCCAAGACGGAGACCACGAACUUGAACAUAUCCCCGACUAUGCUCACACUCAAGAGACCCCCAUGAACACUUAUCACGACCGGCCAUUCAGACAUUUCUGGGCCUCAGAAGCAGAGGGAGUAGUUCUCCUACCCGCCUCCCCACCACGACACUCCCAUCUUUCUGUUCCCGAUGAUUUCGAUGCAGACGACGAGGCGGACCAGGAUGUGAUUUUGACGAACAGUGGCUACGACCAUUCUAUGAAUACUCACUACCAAGAUGAGAUGGGAUACUUCUACCGACCCUUUCCUACGCUUGCUGAGGCCCCCGAAUUGUCUACGAUCUAUUCGCCUCUGACUGAAAUCCCAUCGAUGAGUCCUAUUUGUCCCGAAAUUGUGACCCAAGGACCUCGUCGGCCCAGGAGACCUAGGGUUCGAUUUCCAGUUGUAUGA